ACGACAAUAAUUUCAGUGUAUCCGCUUUUCCAGCUUGGUCGCUGUCGAGCUCCACGCCUCCAACCAACGCCAAUAAUUUGUCGACCGAACCUCCUUCGAUCCCCUCCGCCGAUCCCACUUCUCGUGUGCCCAACGGUGCUGCUCUCUUUGCUGCUCAGCGUAUACCCAUGGCGGCGUCGGUGGCGCCGCCACGGCGGACGAUCGGGGAGGUGGUGAUACAGUCCGUGCUCGCUUACCAGGCCCAGCAACAGCAGAGGCGGAAGCAGAAGAGCCUCUCGUGGGGCGGCAACGAGGGAAGUGGCAGCAGUAUCGGGGGCGACGACGGAGACGUCGGUUUCUGGGAGGAGGAGGAAGGCACCAUGGAGAUGGCCCAGAUCGGGGCCGAUCGGGCCAAGAACGUGCUCAUCCUGAUGAGCGACACCGGAGGAGGGCACCGAGCUUCCGCCGAAGCCAUCCGCGACGCGUUUCGGAUUGAAUACGGAGAUGAGUACAAGGUCCUCGUGAAGGAUUUGUUUAUGGAGCACGCCGGAUGGCCUCUUAAUGACAUGGAGAGGUCCUAUAAGUUCUUGGUUAAGCACGCCCAGCUCUGGAAGGUAGCCUUUCACAGUACGUCUCCUCGUUGGGUUCAUAAUCUCUAUCUGGCCGCCAUUGGAUCCUUCUAUGCUAAGAAGGUGGAAGCUGGUUUGAAGAAGUAUAAGCCUGAUAUAAUUAUCAGUGUCCAUCCCCUCAUGCAGCACAUCCCUUUGUGGGUGCUGAAAUGGCAGAACCUUCAGAAGAAAGUUGUUUUUAUUACCGUAAUUACAGACCUCAACACUUGCCACCCCACCUGGUUCCAUGUUGGUGUCAAUAGAUGCUAUUGCCCUUCUGAGGAAGUUGCAAAGAGGGCUUCUCUGGAUGGCCUAGAACCUUGGCAAAUCCGGGUAUUUGGUUUGCCAAUUCGACCUUCCUUUUGUCAUGCAGUUCUAGUCAAGGGUGAAUUGAGACAAGAACUUGAGAUGAAUCCUGAGCUUCCUGCAGUCCUACUCAUGGGAGGGGGUGAGGGAAUGGGACCAGUUAAGAAGACAGCAAAGGCCCUUGGUGAAUCACUAUUCAACAAAGAGCAUGGUGAACCGAUCGGGCAACUAGUUGUCAUUUGUGGCCGAAAUCAAACUUUAAGAGAUGCACUACAAGAUAUGCAGUGGAAGAUACCUGUGAAGGUAAAUGGAUUUGUAACACAAAUGGAGAAAUGGAUGGGAGCUUGUGAUUGCAUUAUAACAAAAGCUGGACCUGGUACAAUUGCUGAGGCUUUGAUAAGGGGUCUUCCUAUUAUCCUAAAUGAUUUUAUUCCUGGACAGGAGGUUGGCAAUGUCCCUUACGUUGUCGAGAAUGGAGCUGGGGUAUUCUCCAAAAGCUCAAAGCAAACAGCUACCCUUGUUGCUCGCUGGUUCAGUUCUGAGUCAGAGGAGCUGAAGAAAAUGUCAGAAAAUGCCCUGAAACUGGCUCAACCUGAUGCUGUUUUCGACAUCAUAAGGGACAUCCAUGAACUGGCUCAGCAGCAAGGGCCUUUGUCCCAAAUCUCGGAAUCCCUGACGUCGUCCUUCAUACAGCCAGUGUGAUGUUCGUUGAUUGAUACAUGCCGACCAACUUGUGUUCUCCAAAUUGCUGCUGCUCGACUCUUGUACAGCAACUGUUCAAUUUUUGCCUUCAAAGCAGGUUUACUUGCCCUGUGCUGAAUCGGCUUUAAGUUCCCUGAUUGUUUAUCCUUGAGUUGUUUUAGGACAGACUCUCUUCUUCUGACUAAUUUGCAUGCUAUUUAUUUCUUAAAUUGCAUCAACAAAGAUGCUCGUGUAAAUGUAUCAUUGGGUUUUAUGCUAUUUAUUUGAUUAUUUCAUUCAUGACA